AUUUUUAUGCCUUUCGGCCACCGUACUUGGGGAGUGGCUUGCUAAUUACCUUAGCUACGAGGAAAAGUUUGCGGAAGUUAAGUCAGUCCAGGCUGUCAGAAAGAAUAGUUCCAUAGAUGGACCUCCGUUCGGAGAAAAUACAGCGGGUCAUAGCCAAGUACAAAUUCCACGAUGUUGCGCUUGAGGAGUUGGACAAAAUUGAGGAAGCCUUCCCUGGGAUGAUCCCUUCUGUAGGCACAUAUACAUUCAACGAUGGCUCCCAGAAAGAGCUCCUGAAGUUGAAUGGCAACCUUCCGGUCAAGUACGAAGGCCGGUCCUACAACUUCCCCAUCCAGCUUUGGCUGAUGGACUCCUUCCCAGUUACCCCUCCCAUUUGCCUCCUGAGGCCCACAUCGGACAUGAUAAUCAGGGAGGGCAAACACGUGGACGCCCGAGGACGCAUCUUCCUGCCCGUGUUGCACAACUGGGAUCAUCCCAAGUCGUCAGUGGUGAAUCUUUUGGAGGAGAUGAUUUUGAAGUUUCAAGAGGAUCCUCCCCUGUCCGCAUCCACCGCAGGACAGAAAGACCCGCAGGAGCUCCUGGCGUUUGUCAAUAAUCUCCAGAUUAAUGAUCGUGCAAGUAGACACCAUGAUCACCCGGUCCACAAAGUCUCUGUUAUCGGAGGAGGGGAUUUAGGAAUGGCCACAGUGAUGAGCAUUUUGGCAAAGUGUAAAGUAGAUAAGCUCGUCUUCGUUGAUGUUGCUGAAAGUUCCACCAAGGGGGGCAGCACAGAUCUGGAGAUAUUCAGGCUGCCCAAGGUGGAGGUGUCCAAGGAUUUGUCUGCCUCCAAGGGCUCCAGGGUCGUCGUGGUGACCGCCAACGCAUGGAGCGGCGAGCAGUCGUAUGUAAACGUGGUCCAGACCAAUGUCAAUUUGUACAGAGGGAUCAUUCCAACAUUGGCACAUCUCAACCCCAGCGCCAUCAUGCUUAUCGCUUCCCAGCCAGUGGACAUAAUGACCCACAUUGCAUGGAGGCAGAGCGGCCUGCCGCCGACACAAGUCAUCGGAGCGGGCUGUAAUCUGGACUCGGAACGUUUCAGUCACAUUCUGGAUAUCACCUUAAACGCUCCCAAACAGGCCUGGCUCAUUGGAGAGCUAUCGGACAACAAAGUGCCUGUGAUGAGUAACAAUGAAGGAGGCUCCAAAAAGCCACUAGAAAUCUCAGGAUCGGGCUCCACCAAACCACUGCUCAGCAGAGCCUUUGACAUGAUGAAGAAUCGAGGUCAGCGUUCAUGGUCUGUCGGUUUGUCUAUUGCUGACAUCACAACCAGCAUCCUGACAGAUAGGAAGAAAGUCCACUCCAUCACCACUCUUGCCCAGGGGUGGAACGGCAUAGGAGCAGAGGUGUUCUUCAGUUUGCCGUGCCUCCUGGGGUCGAGCGGUUCCACGCGCCUGGCUGGUGUGUCACUGGGGAAGGAGGAAGACUCCAAGCUGAAGGAGAGCAUCAGUUCGCUCACUAACCUCAUGAGUCAGCUGCGAAUAUGAGGGAUGGUGACUGCACCGGUUUCAGUGGGCGUGGCUGUUAGUUUGCUGGCCUUCCUCCGCAGAUUGGACUGACGUGCAAGUUCGAAUGUAUGGACCGCCUGUCUUUAACCGUCCUGUUUUCUUGUUUACCUUGGCUCUUGAUCCUGUAUAUUGACUUUGAGUGGGAAAGAAAUCACAAAUUUGUACAAAUUACAUAUUUAUACUAAACACGGAGAUAUUUUGUUACACACUAAUUUGUUACCUUUAGCUAUGCAAAUAUAUUGAAUGCAAAAAAUAAUAAUUCUGAAAAGCUGUAUUUCUGCUCAAGAUCAUUUUGAAGGGUUUGUAAGUAUAAUGUGAUUUAUUUUCAAGGACACAAACUAUCUUUUGGGGAGGAAGUCAUUGGGCGCAGUGCAAUCAAGGUACUUUAGGGAUUUUUUUUUAAUUAUUUGAACAAAAUUUGCUCUUUGCACAGCUGAAACAAGUUAUGUACACUAACAUUUACAUAUGUUCGUGGGAGUGCAAUAAACCAAAUAAUCACCAGG